AUGGGAUAUCGCCUCUUUAGGGAUCUGGGCAUCGGCAUGCAGUUACGCGCAAUCUUUGGUGAGUUAGCCAACGUAGACGAUGAUAAUGAUGAUUUUGAGGGGGAGGAUUCAGCAGAGGAUAGUUAUGAGAGUGGGGGGGACGAUGUGGCUGAGGAGGAUGACACAUCCUCGUUUUCCUCGUAUGAGAGGAGGGAUAUACGGAUUGGAGAUACCUCAGUACUGAACCCCAUUGGUCGUACUGUUGAUCAGACUCUAGUUCACCCUACCCGGGGGGGGGGAGGGAAGACCCUUGUUGGAUUAUCGGCCCUGAAUUCAGCUUACACUCCUGGUGGUUCCAGUGUUCGUCCUGGUCUACAGUACUCUUGGCGAGGUCGAGUACUACUCUUGGCGAGGUCGAGUACUACUCUUCAAGAUGCAUCGUCAUCAGUACGUACUAGCAGACGGUCUAAGGUUUCUACCGAAGAAAUUGAUGAUUGGGUUGUGACAGACGACGUACCUGGCGGGCCAUGUGAUGGGUCAGUGAUUCCUAGUUUUCUUGGACACACUGCUUAUCAGUUGUGGAAUGGAGAACCACGAGAUUACCUUACCAUUAAGCCAGCGAAGAAGAGUUUAUCUAGAUUGCAUGGAUGGUAUGCGAGGUUGCCGGAGAACGCACAGUUGCAGAUUCAGCAUAACGGUGAGAUUUUGAAGAUGCAGGUCGCAGGAUUGCUUGGGAUGUCGUUGGCUGAGUUAAAGCGUCCAUGGAGCUACGGAGGUGUGAGCGACAUAUUGAUUGAGGAGUGUUGUCGUAGGGUCCUCCCCGCUGUUCAGGUGCAAGCUUGGGUGUGGAUCUUGUUAGCCUCGACACUCUUCCUUGACAGGAGUGGGGGCAGGAUCAGUGCUUCGCUUAUGACAGAGCUGCACGGAGGUAUUGACAAUAUUGGAGAGUACUCCUGA